AUGGGAGCCCGAGUCACGUUGGCAGCUAGUACGGGAAAACCACCUCUGUUGGACAUGCCUAGGAAGUCUACGCUAUUCCGGAUUCUCCCCGUGACGCUGUUCUGGAACGGAAAGUCGGUAGACACCUUUGCAUUCCUAGACGACGGAUCGGACCUAACCCUGGUUGAGCAGACCAUCGCUGAACGCCUCGGCAUCGAUGAUGGCGAGCCAAUUCCCUUGUGCCUCUCCUGGACUAGCAACGUGACAAGAGAGGAGCCGAAAUCCCACCGAGUUCAGCUCCAAAUCUCUGGAGAAGGCAAGAGCGAGCUUUACGCCCUGAACGAUACGAGGACGGUAGCCAGUCUGAACCUCCCGAAGCAGACGUUGCACGAUCUCGUCAAGCGUCAUUUUGCGGUCGAAAGCAUCGGCGUUUCCGCUGAAAAGGCGCCGGAAUCUGAAGAAGAUAAGCGCGCCCGGCGUAUCCUUGAGGAGACGACAAAACGCGUGUCAAACAGAUUCGAAACUGGACUGCUGUGGCAACACGACAGCGUACAACUCCCCAACAGCUUCCCUAUGGCGAUGCGCCGCCUGGAGUGUUUCGAACGCAGGAUGAUAAGAGACCCAGAGCUGCAAGCCAGCGUGCAGCGACAAAUUAAGGAGUACCUGGAGAAAGGCUAUAUCCACGAGGUGACACCCCACGAAAUGGACGCAACAGAUCCGCGCAAGGUUUGGUAUCUGCCGCUGGGUGCCGUGAGGAACCCAAACAAGCCAGGGAAAGUCAGACUCAUCUGGGAUGCCGCGGCGAAAGUAGGAGGCGUUUCGCUGAACUCGAACCUCCUUAAAGGACCCGACCUGCUCAAACCAUUGGCGUCAGUGAUCUGCGGCUUCCGGGAGCGACCGAUAGCUGUCUGUGGGGACCUCAAGGAAAUGUUCCACCAGUUUAAAAUCCACAAAGACGACGUAGCGAGCCAACGGUUUCUUUACCGAGAUCAUCCCUCAGAACCGGUGAAGGUGUUUGCGAUGGAUGUGGGAAGUUUUGGCGCUACCUGUUCACCCUGUCAAGCCCAAUACAUCAAAAAUCGUAACGCCAUGGAACACGUAGCGGAGUAUCCGGAAGCAGCGGAAGCCAUCGUAAGUAAACACUACGUCGAUGACUACCUCGAUAGCUUCGACUCCGAGGCCGAGGCUAUCAAGGUAGCACUUGAGGUGAAGGAAGUGCACGCCCGUGGAGGGUUUGAGAUCAGGAACUGGCACUCGAACUCCGAUGCACUUCUGGAACGGGUCGGGGAGCCAAAGCAGAUACAAGCGAAGGCCACUGAGAGCGAAGCCGAACGGGUGCUAGGACUACUGUGGCUGCCAGAGGAGGACAUCCUAGCUUUCGCGACGCAACUACAACUGGAUGGAAUCCCACCUACAAAGCGGAACAUCCUACGCUGUGUAAUGAGCCUCUUUGACUCCCAGGGAAUACUGUCACACAUCACCAUUCAAGGUCGGAUGAUCAUCCAGGAUACAUGGCGCAACAACACAAAGUGGGAUGACGAAGUCAUCGAAGCUAUUCGUAUACGAUGGCUUAGGUGGACGAAGCUUUUCAAAAGGGUCAGCGAAAUAAAGCUCCACCGGGCGUACUUUCCUGGAUUUUCGGCUGCAGAGAUCGGUUCAGUAGAACUGCACGUGUUUACGGACGCGAGCGAAGACGCAUACGCCUGUACAGCCUACUUUCGAGCUGUAAUCAAUGGAAAGGUCUACGUUACGCUGGCUAUGGCCAAAGCCAAAGUUGCACCACUAAAAGCGCUCUCGGUGCCGCGCCUCGAGCUGAUGGGAGCCCUACUCGGAGCACGGCUGGCCAAGGCGGUCAUGGCGUACCACUCCUUUCCGAUCUGUCGGCGAGUUUUCUGGACAGACUCUAAAACAACUCUUGCCUGGAUCCAGUCUGAGCACCGACGGUAUAGACAGUUCGUGGCCUUCAGAGUGGGCGAAAUUCUCAGCAAAACCGAUGCUAUCGAAUGGAGGUACGUUCCAACACUACUCAACCCGGCUGACGAAGCAACCAAGUGGGGCAAAGGACCUAGUACGGACGUCAAGUCACGGUGGUUCCGCGGGCCAGGCUUUCUGUACCAACCCGAGACUGAAUGGCCAGAGCAGCCGAGAUCGGAGCUGCUGGAAACGGAUGAAGAACUGCGACCCUGCAUGGUGCAUAAAGAACACCACAUCGAAGACGUCUUUGAGAUCAACCAUUUCUCUAGAUGGGAGCUCUUGCAUAGGACCGUUGCUUACGUCCUACGCUUCGUUGAAAACUGCAAGCGUAGGAGACAACAACAACCCCGUCUAACAGGCUGCCUGAAAGGUGAGGAGCUGCGGAAAGCGGAAAACAGUCUGUGGCGCAACGUGCAGGAAACAGCAUACCCGGACGAGCUGACCAUUCUGAAGCAGGGCAAAACAACAUCCAAGAAGACCAUCGACAAAACGAGUCCCGUCUACAAGCUGUCUCCUUUUUUGGACGUAGAUGAAGUAAUGCGGGUCGACAGCCGCAUCGGCGCCGUUCCGUAUGUCACCUACGACUUCAAGUUUCCAGUUAUUCUCCCACGAAAUCAUCACCUCACCAAGCUAAUAGUCGAUUGGUACCUACACGCGAACCACAAGACAGUUCACAACGAGGUUCGCCAAAGAUACCAUAUAUCAAACCUCUACACUGUCGUUCACCAAGUCGCGAAGGACUGCCAGACCUGCAAGAUCAACAAAGCGACACCAACAACCCCCCGAAUGGCACCCCUACCAGAUUCACGAUUAGCAGCUGGAGUUCGACCGUUCUCUUACGUCGGGCUCGACUAUUUCGGCCCCAUCUCGGUCCGAGUAGGCAGAAGCUGCGUUAAACGAUGGGUCGCACUUUUCACCUGCCUCACAGUGAGGGCAGUCCACCUGGAAGUAGUGCACUCCUUAUCUACGGAGUCGUGCAAGAUGGCCAUGCGGCGUUUUGUGUCGCGGCGAGGUUCCCCGGUCGAAAUACACUCGGACAAUGGAACCAAUUUUCAAGGAGCGAGCAGGGAGCUAAAAGAGGAGAUUGCAACGAUCGAGCAGGGACUAGCACAGACCUUUACCAGUUCAAACACCAAGUGGAUCUUUAUUCCUCCUUCCGCUCCGCAUUUCGGAGGAUCAUGGGAACGACUCGUGAGGUCGGUUAAAGUAGCCCUCCGCUCUCUUUGCAGCGACCGUAGUCCAGACGAUGAAACACUACUGACCGUUUUAGCAGAGGCCGAAUCUAUUGUGAACUCUAGACCACUAACUACAGUUCCACUCGAAGACGAGAGCCAGGAAGCAUUAACUCCGAACCACUUUUUACUUCUCAGCUCGAGCGGAGUUGUGGAGCCCCCUAGGACACUGCUGGAACCCUUGAAGGUAACUCGCACGAACUGGAACAUGGCCAGGCAACUAGUCGAUCAAUUUUGGCGUCGCUGGAUCAACGAAUAUCUUCCUACAAUCGCCAAAAGGACGAAGUGGCACAGCGAGGCAAACCCCAUCCAGGUUAACGACUUGGUGCUCAUAGUCAACGAAGGUCAAAGAAACGGGUGGACAAGAGGACGAGUUUUGUCGGCGAUCCCUGGACGAGACGGUCGAAUUCGCCAAGCAACCGUCCAAACAUCAUCCGGAAUUCUCCGUCGACCAGUGUCCAAGCUGGCGGUGCUGCAGGUACAACACGUGAGUAACGCCGAGCCGGAACCGGAAAGGCGUUACGGGUCGGGGGAUGUAAGCGGUAUAAGCAGCACCGACGGUAAAGCGCAGGCCGAUAACCCCUCGUCACAAAACAGCUACAUCUUCAGCCCUGGAGCUGACAAGCCGAGCCAUCGACGAUCGAAUCGGCUAGCGAACGUCAGAUGUUUGGAUGACUUUGGCAGUAUGAUCAACCGAACAGAAUCGGUUAUCAACUAG